AUUUACAUCAUGUCUCCCACUACCGUCUGAUUUUGACAUUUUGACAAGUGAGGUUAUAAAGUCUUCUGUCGUUUACUUGCUUUAUUUUGAUACGCGCAAUGACAUUCUUAUUUUGUAUUGUACAUAUAUUAAACUCUAAAUUGAGUAAAGAUAAUUAAGAAAAAAUAAGUUGUCAGAAUUUACUCGAUUCCAACAUUAUAGACGUUGGUUUGAUUAUCCAUAAGGUUAAUUUUAUAUAUAUUGUCAACAAAUAUGUCAAUGCGUCAGAUUUUUAGAAAAUUAUUAAAAAAUAUUAGUCCUGCUAUGUAUACAUCAAGUGUGUUAUUUACCUAUUGUGCUUCUUUUGAAAAGCCUAGUGCAGAUAAGAAGAUACAGUUUGAACCAGUGGAUUUAAAGAAACUAACUCACGAGUAUAUGAUAAAACAAUCUGUAUUGCAUACUGUCAAUAGUGCAACACAGACAUUAACUGUUACUUAUAUGGCAAUAACGGAUUUGAGUAUUAAAUAUAGAAAAUUACUGAACAAACUUAUUUCACUUCUUGAAGAAACUUUAACGUACAAAGUAAGUGAUGAGCAUUGGGAUUUGAUUGUAAAAGUACGAAAUGAAAUGCACCAUAAGAAGGAACAACUAGUGAAAUUAUCUGACUCUAUGGAACAUGUGUACAAUAUAGCAAUAAGUACCUCACAUUUAAGUUAUUUGUGUGAAAUGGAAAAUUUGUGCAACACACUUUUAGAAAGAUUAGAUGAUACAAUGUCUAAAGUAAAAGCAGAACUUAACAGCAAUAAAGAAUUAGAACUCACGUACUGGCGUAUACAGGGAAAGUGUAUCAACGACAGUAAGGAAACAACUGAAAAACAAUAGUACAUUCUUCUAGGAAAUGAUUUUGAAUGUGUUUUAUGUUUAUAAAAAUAUUAAAAAUCUAUAUCACAUAUUAUGGUAGAUUGUAUUAAUAAAAUAUUUUUCUCUCAUUUAUUGAGAUGUACUGUACAUAUUUAAUACUGAUCUCACAUUCGAUUAUCUCAAUUCUUGUUAUCUAUUUUUCAGAUAAAGAUGCAUUUAUUAAAUC